AGGGACAAAUAAAAGUCUGUUCUCUUUUACUCCAGGUCAGACCUGCGUCUAAAACUCUAUUUACUUUGAUGCACAGUUUACGCAGUUCUCCCUGAGGCCGCAGCGUGGCGCUGUUUCCUCGGCUGCAGUUCUCAUACUCUUUGCGUGAGACUAUGUUGGAAAAAGCUCCUAAACUCCGCGGUUUCACGGUUUUUGGAGCUCUUUUGGAGCGGAUCGCGCUGUGAGUGCGGCCCGGAGCAGGACCCGCACUCGCUGGGCUCUGUGGCCGCCUCGGAGCGACGCUCUCGGUGCUUCUGCGGAGCGGGUUACCGAUCUGUGACUGGAGCUUUAGCUUUAGCACCAUUAGCUCCGGAGCUAAUCCGAACGUCACGUCAGCGGCGCAGGCCCGGGUGAGUCAAGGCCCGGGGUCUGUGCCCGCGGGAGAAGCUCCGGGCUCCGCGCUCUCUCCCGGAGGUUAAACGGUGUGUUCUCUGGUGUCUCUCGGUGCGUUUCAGGGGGACAUUUCGGGGGACAUGCGGUAAACUGCGGCUCCCGUGGGUGAGGCCUGCGGGUCGGGCUUUCAGCGGCCUCGCGUGAGACCCGCGGCCGUGGUGCGGAGCUCGGAGCGCGGCCUCAUGGAGCGGAUGGAGGUGGAGCCGUGCGCAGGCGCAGCGGGGGGCGGGGCUCUGCGGAGGUCCAACAGCGCCCCCAUGAUCACGAGCGUCAGCGACGGCUCCACUGUCUUCGGCCCCUCGUCUUCGGCGCGAUUCAGACGCAGCAGUGUCUCAGUGAACCCCAGCGGCCCGUCUCUGCAGCUUCCUCUGUCUUCAUUUCCCCUGAACACAGACCGGACUGAAACCAAGAGACACGAGGACCUCGGUUUGGCUCUGAGGGGGAGUCUGCAGCGGCUCAGUGCAUCGAGUCUGGUCCCGGCUCCAGCAGCGAGUCACUGGAGCCACUCAAACACGUGGAGCCCUCCUCAGGAUUCUGGUGUCACUCCCAACUCCUCCCCCUCCCCCACACGCAGAUUCAGACCGGCAGUAAGGUGGCCGCCUGUAGCUCCUCUCAAACGAAAAGGGGGAGUGGAGUCGGACGGUCCACCCAAAAAACUGUUUGUUGCUGGAGUCUCAGAGCCGCACAGAACCUUCUCUGUCAGUGUGUCGGAGGGGUCGGACUCGCCUCCUCUCAGCGCGCCGCCGUCGUUCUCUUCCUUCUCUCCGCACCAGCACUAGCCCCGUCCUUACCCGCCCAACCUGGCUCCUCAUUGGACGGUGAGACGACAAGAGAGCAGGGGAUUGUGGGAAACGCGGUCCCAAAUGAAGCACUUAAAAACACUCACCAAAAAUAUGAAGGUUUUGUGUCGAAAGAAAUCGUCUCCAGGACUUUUAAACCAACUGUUUGUAAAAUACAAUUGUGUCGUUUUUUUUUUGUUUUUUUUUUUUUUUAUCCAAAAUCAGAACUCAAACUAGAAACGGGUGGCAGAGUGGUUAGCCUUUCCUGAUCAUCUUUUUCUGGUUUGAGCACGAUGGGACUAUAUUUUUAUCAGCUUUUAUUUUUUGUUGACAUCUGCAGUUCUGAGCAACAUUCGCCUUAUUCGCACGGGAUUAGUUUUACCUGUGGACCUUUUGCGAUUUUUUUUUUUUUUUUUUUUUUUUUUUUUUGGUGACAAUUGCGGAGGAUGCCUGAGAUCUUAAUCCCGUGCGAAUUCGCCACGUCUAAUUUGUAAAGUAAAAAGUCCGCGGUAAAUGACCUACUAUAUUUUGCCAAAAACGCAGACGUCUGGCGAUAAUACGAGUCCCGCAGUCUGAACGGUAACAUUAGAGUAAUUUACGGAUUUCGCUUAUGCCUUGCGAAUGUGCUGCAAGUGACACUGAGGUGGAGCGGUAAUUUGCGAAAUACAGGGUUCCCACGGUCAUGGAAAUCCUGGAAAAGUUAUGAAAUUGAAGACCUGGAAAAGUCAAUUUUAGCAUCUCUUUCACGCAACUACAGCGUUCUGUUAAGUUAUCGUUAGGCUAUUAUGAUGAUUUCCAUACGUAUGCACCUUUUGUUUAAAACAGAUUACUGUAUUUUUCAGACUAUAAGGCGCAAUAUCAAUAAUGUUGAAUUCUCUCGUCUAUUUUCAUACAUAAAAUGCACUGGAUUAUAAGGCGCAUUAAAAGAAACAAAUGGACGACUUGAGACUGAUCCAUCGGCAGAUCGUGGUGUAAUUCGCCCGGCCUUGCCUCCCUGUCUAGGUGAAUGUUUUUUGAAAGUGAAUGUGGGGAGAUAAUUUAAGUUAGUUUUUUAUUUCCUCAACUCAAAUAUACAUGGAGUAAUAAUGUGUUUAAUUCAGUUUUGUGCGCACUUAUUUACGUUUUACAGAAACAAAACUUUAAACCGCAUAGCUAAUUUGCAUAAACUAUAAGCGCUGAAAACACAGCUCUCUCCUUGUGCGCUGAUGUGGUCAGAUUCUGUCGGACUAAAAGACACGACUCACUUAUUCCGUGAGGCUUCUGACUACAGUCGCUGUAAUGCUCCGACAAUCCAUCAACCAAAGUUGUACUUAAACAUUUUGACAGAUUUCUGAGCGCCGUGUACCACAUAAAAUUUGAAAAUCAGUAACCACAACCAGAAUUAAUACAUAAAGCACAGUGUCAAUUUUUGAGAAAAUUAAAGGAUUUUAAUUGCACCUUACAGUCUGAAAAAUACGGUAUAAUAAAUGCACUGACUUUUUUGAAUGUUAAAAAACUAUAAUACCAAUUCAUAAAGUGAGUGGAAAGAGUUAACAUUUCAUAUUUAGCCCUAAAAGUCUGAUCAGUUCUACACAUGUAGGUGCUGUAAAAUGAUGGAAAAUUCACUUUAGGUCAUGAAAAAGUCAUGGAAAAGUGAGAACCUUGUAAAUAUCAGACAUCCGCAGGUUGUUCUUAUCCUGUAUGAAUUGGGCUAAUGACAGCGAUGACCAUUUCAAAAACUAUUUUGAAUUUCAAGUGCAAUUUUCAUAAAAUAAGAACCAAAAGUGGGUAGUACUCGGUUACAUUUACUUAAGUAACUUUGUAUAAAAUUGUUUUUUCAUAGGACUUUUCUAGCAGUGUACAUGACUUGAGUCAUGUUUUUAUUGAAGUGACAGUGUUCUUCUUACCCGAGUAAAGGUUGUAGACAUACUCACAGUGGGAAGAGUGACCACAAGUGACAGAAACGCUGUGGUGGACCAUUUGACCUUGUUCUCUAACCUGAUUGGACGAGGCGCAGUAGCAGGGCAGCAGCUCUACAGGCUCUGUUCACGCUUACGUCACAAACCAGGAAGACGUUUGGAAAGAUGAGAUGACAACUUC